AAAUACUUUUUCCCCCCGAAACAGAUUUCUUUUGUCGUAAUAGAUAAUACGUGGUGACGUACCGCAAUUGUGAAACCCACCCAUACUAGAAAAAAACUUCAUUGGUUGGCCACUUUAGAAGUAGGAAGGAAAACUUGUAUUAGUUUCGGUUUUUUUAUUCUUUUUCUUUCACUUACACAAUCCAGAAAUAUGGCAACGUAUUUACGUUUAUAUGGUUAAGCAAUGAUUUUAACAUGACAUUUUAUAUUAAAUAUGUCCCGAAUUAAUUUUAAAAACAGUGGAAGAAAUGAAAGGUAUGACUUAUUCUUAAUGAAAACGAAUCCAGAAUUGAUUUGAAUGUUAGAAAUUGAACUACGAUAAAACAAGUAAAAUGGAUGUUGUGUCUCGAAAUUAUGAAUUAAAAUCGUUGAACAAGAGUUGUGGAAAUGUAAACAUAGACGAAUCAGAAGAAUCACAUUCUAUAGCUGUUGAAGUGUUGGCAAAUCUUUUAAGCGGAACUUCAUAUCAAAAUGAAAAUGUUAAGCAGCAAAUAGAUUUACCAAUGUAUCCCACUCUAAAAUUGAACGAUGGAUAUGCAAAGGAAAUGUCUUCGUUUGCUAAUUUACCAUCGGUAAGCAGUUAUUUACAACCAACUGUUACUUCGAAUAAUCCCGUGUUCAAUACCAAAUCUCAGUAUCAACAUCAGCCGCACAUAUCUGAAGCCAACAAAACUUGCCCUUUUGUACUUUCCACCAGUAUUCCAUUAACUACAUCGAAGUCUGACUUAACUUUACCGACCGAGACCGAUACUGAUAUGACAAACGAUUCAAAUUUGCCCUAUCUGAAUCAGGAUAGUAUGAUGAAGAUCCACCCCGAUAAUGUUGAUUCUCUACUGAUUGUUAAACGUACCUCCAACAAUUCAAAAGUUUAUAGAGUGAAAAGAGUGAAAAUAGAUGAAAUUCUAAACAUUCUGAACGAAAGUAGAACGAGGAAGUCUAGUAUUUUGUCGAAUGCGUCUUUAGAUGAUAGCUGCAGCACGAAGUCCGAACUUUUAACGAGAAAGCGGCUGAUGGCCCAAUUUUCAGCCAACACAAAUCAAUCGAGGGAGAAUUCUUUGCUGUUUUUUCAGUUUCCAGGUUUUGGAAUUAACAGUGACUCAAUGGAUGACAGUCAACAUUUAAAGAAUACAAUUGGAUUGUUUUCCCAAAACAGUUUAGAAAACAGGACGAAAAGUUGUUUACCUCUGAAAAAAAGGAAAAUAAAGUCGACUUUUCAGGCAACCAAACCUUUUAAACCACACAAUACAAAUGUCUCUAUUGUUACAGGUGAUAAAGAAAAGUUUAUCCUGAUUUACAAAUCUGAACAAAGUCAACUAUUAACUGACAAUGAUGAAAAACUGAGAAAAGAGAUCGAAAUUGCUCUAAAACAGGAUGAAGAUGGUGACUUGCCUCUACAUAUAGCUGUUGCACACAAGAAUCUAGCAUUAAUUGGAUCUUUCUGCAAGCUGAUUCAACAAGCGGGGAAAACUGUUGAUCGCUUUAAUAAAAAAAAGCUUACUCCUUUGCAUUUGUGUGUGAAAAUGAAUUAUAGUAAGGGUGUGAGGAAGUUAAUAAAGAUGGGUGCUGACAUGAACUUGUCUGAUGGCAAUGGAAAUUCUGCUGUUCAUUUAGCAGUUUCCUAUUCACACUUUGAAUGCUUUGAUGUCAUCCUAAAGACAUGUUCUUCUAUGGAAAAUUGUAAACCAAAUUUAGAUUCCCAUAAUUAUGAAGGUUUAACACCCCUGCAUACAUCUGUCCAAAAGCAGAACAUUGAAAUGGCCAGGAAACUUUUAAAAGCUGGGGCUGAUCCAGAUAGUAAGGAUUACAAGAGUGGCCGGACACCUUUAUUCUUUGCUGUUGAAAACCAAAAUCAAGACAUUAUAAAGUUAUUGCUAGAGAAUAAAGCUUCCAUUGACAUCCAAAAUUUUGCUGGUCAUACUCCUUUUCUUGUUGCUAAUGGUCGUAAAUACCAAGAAAUUUGUAAGUUAUUAGUUGAUCAGGGAGCAGAUGCUCAUGGAAUGGUAUUUGAUGAUUUAGCCUGCAACUACAAGACAUCAAAUGUAAAGUAUCAGUUGAAAAAUAAAUUAGUCGCCAACCAGUCUAGUUGAAAUCAUAACUGAAAAUUUUAUGGCUGUCUUGAGAAUGGUUCUUUCAAGGAAAAUUUGGGAAGUUAUUGGACCCAGCUUGAAAUUUUGGUUAGUGCUUCCUCACCGUUUUCUGAAACAAGCACUGAAGAUAUGCAGAAGGUUUACAAUUUUUGUUAUUGUUUUACUGUUUUAAAUAAUUAAUAUCAGUGUUUCAUCAUGUCAUAUCUUUGGCAUUAGAUGGGAUAAUUUAGAUUAAAAAAAUUGGUAAAAUAUUGCCAAAAAUGAUUGUAAAGCAGAAACAGAAAAUAGAAAAUCUGGUUGGAAGUAGGUGAAUGAAAUCAUAUGUAAGAGCUUUGGGUUUCAUAGAGGAGAUAAUACAGAUUUGUCAUGAAUGGA